CGAGCAUCGCGCGCGCGGAGACAGCAAGGAGCGCGCGGAGCCCCGACGGUGGCGACAUCGCACGCCUCUGCAUUCUGCUGCAAUGUUGAUGGUGUAAAAGCGUAAUAUGGCGUCUGCUAGAAAUGGGCUUCAUAGAUUUCUAGUUCUCUGGCUUUGUAGUCGUUGCUCAGCGCUUUAUAUUGGUCAACCUCUCGCGAAUCGUGAGGAUUUUGUCACCGUGGACAGGAUUGAAGCUGUCUGCACGGACUGGAGUUCUGACAGCGUGCGUGUUCCCAGAGUUUUUCCCAACUCUCGUGUGGCUGUGCGCUUGCGAGGCACGGGACUGCUACCGAACAGGACCAAGAUUGCGUUCACCAGCGAAAGCUUGGAAAACGGUCAGGAGUGCCAUAGCCAGCAAUUCGUCGGCAGACAGCUUCGAGUGCGCGCUGACAGCAACGGAGAUGUCGUCGCCCAGGGCGUCAUUCCCGCGGCUGCCUCGCACGACUCGCUCUACCUGUGCACGCGCAACCGCGGCCGUUGGAGGCACCAAGGUAAAGCGGUCAGGCUCGUGUACGCCGCCGCGCCGACGAGGCACGCCGGCCCACUCAGAAUGCGUCGCAACCUGGGAAUUGGCAGGCGCUCGACUGAUCGCAACGGAACGGGCUUCAGGCGCAACCUGUCCAAAUCCGCGCUGGACGACGGCGAGACAGCGCAAGUGGCGAAAGUGCUGGGCCUGCGGGCUUUCGGCGAGCGAGUGGCCACCCUGGACUCCGGCAUGACGCAGGUGCCCGCAGGUACUACGGUGGAGCUGCAACUGUUCGGAAACGGCUUCACCAACCAGAGCUCGUUUGCGUUCACUCACGAAGCCGCGCCAAGGGGUUCUGCGUGCGACGAGGUGCCUACAGUGGCCGUGGCCCACGCCACUAAUGUGGGCAGCGGCAAAGCGUCAGUGUUGGUGAGCCUUCCGGGCUCCAGUGUGCGCUACUACGUAUGCAGCAAGGCGCCCCUUAGUGAGGAUGUCAAGUGGGUGCACCAGGGCGACGAGCCCUGGGUGACGCUGGUGACACAGGGGCGGCUCAUGCCCGUCUGGGUGCAGGCUAUCAUCCUGGCUGGCCUGCUUGUGCUGUCGGGCCUCUUCAGUGGCCUUAAUCUGGGCCUGAUGGCUCUUGAUAAGACAGAGCUACGCGUCAUUGAAUCGUGUGGGACACCCAGUGAGCGCAAAUGGGCCAAAGUCAUUGCACCUCUGCGAAACCAUGGAAACUACCUUCUCUGUUCACUGCUUCUGGGAAACGUGCUUGUUAACAGCACACUUACUAUCCUUCUGGACGACCUCACCUCAGGUUUGGUGGCUGUCGUCGGUUCCACCAUCAGCAUUGUCAUCUUUGGUGAAAUCAUUCCUCAAGCCAUCUGCUCCCGACAUGGAUUACAGAUUGGUGCACGCACACUGUUUAUUACAAAGGUGUUCAUGGCCCUGACACUCCCUCUGUCAUGGCCCAUUUCUAAGAUCCUCGACUGGGUGCUCGGGGAGGAGAUAGGCCAUGUCUAUGACCGGGAAAAGCUGAUAGAGUACAUCCGUCUCACCAAGGAGUACAACAAACUAGAGAAUGAGGAAGUGGACAUCAUCAGUGGGGCACUAGAGCUCAAGAAGAAAACUGCCAAUGAGGCCAUGACUCGUAUGGAUGACGUGUUUAUGCUGCCUGUUACAGCAGUUCUGGACUUCGAAACAGUGUCUCAGAUCAUUGGACAGGGUUACACUCGCAUUCCAGUAUUUGACGGUGAUCGCAAUAACGUCGUUGGACUGCUGAACAUUAAGGAUCUGGCUUUUGUGGACCCCGAGGAUGAGAUUCCUCUCCGGACAUUGUGCGAGUUCUACAAUCAUCCUGUCACGUUUGUCUUCGAAGAUGAAACUCUUGUCAACUUGCUCAACGAAUUCAAGAAAGGGCAGUCCCAUAUGGCCUUUGUCCGUCGUGUGAACACAGAAGGAGAUGGUGACCCAUUCUAUGAACUUUUGGGCUUGGUCACCCUUGAGGAUGUAAUUGAAGAAAUAUUACAAGCUGAAAUCAUUGAUGAAACAGAUGUUUUAAUGGAUAAUCGGAGAAAGCAAAAACGAAAAGAGGCUCAAGUGCGCCAGGAUUUUUCCGAUUUUGCCAAACUUGGCUAUGGCCGGCAAGGCAAGCACAACAUCUCACCGCAGCUGGCUCUUGCGACGUUUCAGUAUUUGGCUACCUCUGUGGAGCCAUUCAAGAAGAACCUCAUCUCAGAGUCUGUCUUGCGGCGGCUAAUGCUGCAGAACAUCUUCAUAAGCAUUAAGAUGCAUUCUCGCGAUGACCCAGUAAUUUAUGUGGCUGGCCAACCAGCAGACUACUUCGCGCUGGUGCUCGAGGGACGGGUCAGUGUCACAGUGGGACGCGAGAAGCUGCUGUUCGAGACAGGGCCAUUCAGCACUUUUGGCAUUCCAGCCAUAUACCGUAGCCCAGACACCUCCGAAGGCGCAGCACAGCAGAAUUUGGCUUCCGGUGAGCCUGCUAGCUGGCCAGUGCCCGAGGAGCCCUUUGUGCCAGACUACAGUGUGCAGGCGGUGGCAGACACGGUGUACAUGCGCGUGCACCGGUCUGUGUACCUGGCGGCCCUCAAGGCAUCGCGCCUUGACCGGCCAGUCACACGGACAGAUCUUGAGGUGGACCACAUGCUGCGCAGUAGCGCACCAGAGCGGCCCAAUGACAGCAGCUCACCCCUCCUGGGCGACAGCAGCUGAUGGCUCGUCAAUGCCAAUGCUACUCCUAGUCAUCGCCCCAAAGACGGUCUAUGGGCCGCAUGCCACUUGGCUGGCUUCCUCGCCUAUGCCAGUCUUUCAGCAGCAGUCUUUCUUGCUCGUUACGCCCAAUUUUGGGCCUCGUGCCGACGAGCGCCCUUGCAUUAUUCCAUGUUAGCAGAUUCUUAUCUCUGGUAGCCAACAUUCUCUUGCUGCAGAGUUACUGUUACUGUUUUUAGUAGUGUAUACAAGAAUGGUCACACAGCAGUAGUAUGUUGCCAAAGCGAUCAAUAAAACAUGUUUCAGAUUU